GUGGUUGGAAUGCAGCAGAAGACAGUUCACAUGUUCGGUAUGUGGGCAUUACGAAAAGCAGAAUCUUCACUGAGCUCCAGCAACAGCGCCAAGGCAGCAUUGGAAUGAUCUCCUAGAGGCCAAUUCGAGGGAGGAGAGAGCAGCAAUCAAACGGCUGCUCGUGCAGCUGGCAAAGUUUUCUUCUUGCAUUCCGGAGAACAUGGCCAGGAACAAAACCCCCAAGUUUGCCUGGCGGAGCUUCUUUGCGGCCAGCGGGCAUGACAUCUGGGCCAUCAUUGCAAAAGCAAUUGAAGUUGCAGCGGAAGAUGAGGUGUCCGAGCUGAGAAAGAGGCGAGACGGCAUUGUUGAACAGAUGUACAGAUUGAGCGCGGUUGCCGUUGUUCCUGAAGCAGGUUGUACUAGUGUUGAAGAGGGCGCAGGUGUACAAGCACUGGCCCAGAGGGAGGGGUUUGUAGAUGGUGUUGACACGUCGACGGCCCCUUCCAAGCGAAUAAACCCUUCGGCAUUACAAAGUGACGCAGCUGAGACAGACACAGUCGUGAACGGGAGUCAACAACCAGUGCAGACUACUGCAUCACCAAGAGGGGAGAAAGCUCACCAAAAGGUGACCUCUCUGGGGGCAGCUAGAAGAGGAGAUGUUGAUGUAUCUUCACGAACUGGCUAUGCUGAUGAAGAAGAGUUGCAGGUUGCCAUUGAACAAGACAGCCUAAGAAUGCAGGAGAUCCUGCUGUCAAGGUCGAAACUUUCAGCUCCAAACAAGUCAGAAGAGGCCAUUUUGCAAGCGAUGGCGUCACUGGAGAGGAUGAACAUUACUGUGGAGGAGCUGAAAGCUACUGAAAUUGGGAAAACAAUCAGCAGUCUCCGCAAACACCCGGCAAAACCUGUGCAAAUCAAGGCUAAGCACCUUGUCAAGUCAUGGAAAGAACUUGUGGAAGAUUUCCAGGCUGUCACAAAUGAAAUAAGCAAGAAGUCGUCCACAGAUUCCAUUGCCAUAGAGGGAGGUCUCGAGGCCCCCCCUCUGGAUGCGGCCACUCUCGCUUCUAGAAAUACGUCUGCUGAGUUGUCUCAGCUGCUAGAGGACUUCACUGCAGAGGACCUCGCGGCCGGUUUGGAAAAGCUCUCUUCCACCGUAACCCCCGGCUCUGCCCCGGUGAACAGUAGGCUGGCCUUCCUUAGCCCGGUAUAUGACCCCCGGCCUCCUGCCUCUCGCGACAGCGAUUUUGAAGCUGCGACCAACCCUGCCUCUGCUGCUUCCGAACCGAGCGGAGUGUCUACUGACAAGGAAACACGGGAAAAGGCUGCUGCGGAGAAGUGGCAACAGGCAGCCAAGCUUAAUGGCGUUCCCGAGGGGGGCGGUGGAUUGAGGGGUCAAUCUUUGGGGAGGGGCGACUUCGUAAGCGCCGAAGUAGAAAAGAAAGAGAGUGCGGGAGAAAGGUCGGAACGAAGCAGUGGUGUCGUGGCGUCGGGGGACACGCCGAAGCGGGCGCGCAGUUUAAAAGAAACUGAUGUUUUUGGUGAGGGGGAAGGGCCAGCGAAGAAAGCGCGCGUGGGAGAAGGGUCCGGGCCUGAUGGGCAUAGGACGGAAAGCUUGGGCACCGGAGCGAAGGCGGACGUCAAGAGCGCGUCGGAGCGAGGGGCUCCGUCUGCUCAGCCGCCCGGGAGCUCUUCGAAAGCAAGCGGGGAUUUGAGAUUGGGCCAAGACAGGGCCCGGAGUAAGACCCCCGAGGCAGCCGUGCAGAGCUCGGGACACGGUUCGAACCCUGCCCGGGCUUCGAGUAGUAAGCCACCAGGCGUUGUACAAGCGACAGGAGCACCGGGCUCGCAGUUGGGUGGCAGGCAACCGGGCAAGCCGGGCGAACGGCCUCGCAGUGGAACGCCGGAGCUGCCCGUGAAAUUGGGCCGUCCCAGUCUCAGCCCGGUUCGGACGCCCGUGCGACCCGUGUCGCACUCGGCGGAUGGCCAGAAGCCCCUUCCCAAGCCGCACAGCGCGAACAACUUUCUGCAGUUCAACGAUACGGCAAAGCGGGCGACGGCGCCCCCCCGAAGAAACCCGGAGAUGCGCGACCCCCCACCAAAACAACAGAGCGGGGUCGAGCAACCGGUUGUCGGGUCCCAGGCGAACCACGCGAACGGGGAGAAAGGGCGGGAGAGACACUUCCAUGCGGGAGGGGUCUCGGAAGCUCGAAAGCCAGCCGUAGGAAAGCCAAAGAAAACGCCGGGACUCGAAUCGGCGUCGGAUGACGACCUGUUCGACGAGUUGGACCCGCUUCCGAGGGCUAGAAAACAGUCGGUGCGAACGCCCGACGGCGCGCCUGCUAGGCGGGCCACCUCGGCUGCUGACGUCGGCAAGAGCAGAACCCCGGUUGGUUCGAACUCCGGGUCCGAGCCGGAGACGGGGCUCGAGGAGGAGGACGGCUUUUUGAGCGACAGCGACUCUGAGGAGAUGGGGGACUUGCUGAUGGAACCGGCCAACAAGCUCGAGGAGACGAAGCGACGCCUUCACGAGAAGUACCUCCAGGCAGAGAAUGCCAAGAAGAGCCGCACAACGCUUGAGCUCAAAGCUGGUGAUGUUCCAACACGCAAGAAAGCGUUGGGGCAUAGUGAUCGAAGCAAAGCCCGUGGUAGUAUACAUUCAAAACUCUCGAAACUCGCACGGAGAUGACGUGCCUAGUCUUGGCACUCAAUUUCCGUUGUGCUGGCUUAUUAUAAAAGGUCCGGACGGUUCGUCCGUUUAUGUUUAUGGAUGCAACGGACUUUCCGCCAUCUGUGGUGACACCAGCUUCUUCCAACACGGGUGGCUGGCCUUGGUGC